GCCAGGCUCAAUUCAUCAGGGAGUUUCGGUAGGGAAGGCAUUUGUUAUUGGCUGUCUCUGCACCUCAAGGAUAACAUUUCUGUCCUUUUGAUUGGCCGCCUCACUGCUGCAAGAUUCUAACCGUCUUAUUUUGAUGAUGAAUAUGAAGGCGCGCUAAGCCGGGCUGGAGCGGAGUGUCUCAGAGGCUGCGCUCCUUCCAGGGCCCAAGGACUCGCAGCUUCCUCCGCUGCCUUCCCGGACCAACAACCCCCCAAAAGUUGUGAUGCUUUUCUUUACCCAGUGCUUUGGGGCUGUAUUAGAUCUCAUUCAUCUCCGGUUUCAGCACUACAAGGCUAAACGGGUUUUCUCCGCUGCCGGGCAACUUGUCUGUGUCGUCAACCCCACACACAACCUAAAGUAUGUGUCCAGUCGGCGCGCCGUCACUCAGAGCGCUCCAGAGCAAGGCAGCUUCCACCCUCACCAUCUCUCCCACCACCACUGCCACCACCGCCACCACCACCACCUCCGCCACCACGCCCACCCCCACCACCUUCACCACCAGGAGGCGGGGCUGCAUGCCACCCCGGUGACGCCCUGCCUGUGCAUGUGUCCCUUGUUCUCCUGCCAGUGGGAAGGCCACCUGGAGGUGGUGGUGCCCCACCUGCGGCAGAUCCAUAGGGUUGACAUCCUCCAGGGAGCUGAGAUCGUCUUCCUGGCCACGGACAUGCACCUCCCCGCGCCGGCUGAUUGGAUCAUCAUGCACUCCUGCCUUGGCCACCACUUUCUGUUGGUGCUGAGGAAACAGGAGAGGCAUGAAGGGCACCCCCAGUUCUUUGCCACCAUGAUGCUGAUUGGGACCCCCACCCAGGCCGACUGCUUCACCUAUCGCCUGGAGCUCAACAGAAACCAUCGGCGCCUCAAGUGGGAGGCCACGCCCCGGUCUGUUCUUGAGUGCGUGGACUCGGUGAUUACCGACGGGGACUGCCUCGUCCUCAACACCUCGCUGGCACAGCUCUUCUCUGACAACGGCAGCCUUGCCAUUGGGAUUGCCAUCACCGCGACAGAGGUCCUCCCUUCACAAGCUGAAAUGUGAGGCCAGGAGCCACGGAUGCUCCCCACACAGCCUCCCUAGGAAAUGCCUGGGACCUCCCAAUGCCAGGACUCCAGACUCCUUUUUAUUCUUCUCCUUUCUUUCUUUCUUUCUUUCUUUUUUUAAUUAUUAUUAUUUUUUUGUCUCAGGUACUUUGUGGGAUUUAGUUUUUGUCUGCCAUGGGCAUUAUAUUAUGUAAACAUCCUGUAAUUUAAGAUCUUGGUGUGAUGUUUGUCCUGCCUUGUUGGUGUUGUUUUAUAGAAUGUUUGUAAGAUUUAAUCAGAAUAGUUUUUUCCUGUCACCUCCAAGUCCUUUCUUCGCUGGUUUUGAAAGGAUCAAAACACCAUCAAGCAGACUGUUGGGGUUGAAAGGAGGCUUAGUGUGAGAAUCAUUUCUUGUUUCUCUUUUCAGUCUAUUUCAGAGCAAGCUAAAUCUGAACGUGUGCAGUCGGCAGGUUGGGGAAGGGGCCCAGCUCAGAGAUGGAUCACAUUUCAGACCAUCCAGACAUGACUCUGACACCUUCCCAGGAACCUCAAGGUCAAAGCUGAGCUAGCCGGGCAUGAGGAGAUCGUGUCUCCACCGCAGGGCUGGGGACUGGGCUAGAGGUGUCAUUGUGUGCUGAGUGCUCAGGUUGAUGCUGGGGCUCAGGAGAGUAGUCAGAGGCCCACCUUCCUGUGACGGGCUCUUGUCACCUUGUUCCCAGGCUGUGCCGUCUUCUCCUGCUCUGGAAUCAAAGUCCUCAGAUUUUUGGUGCUUUCUUAAAAACCCCUUUGCCCUCUGUUGAGCAAGUAGUAGAAAAGAAUAGGCAAGAUGGGGGUUGGGGAUGAAAAGCAACAGGAAAAAGAGAAGAUAAAAUUAAUCUCCCAUCUCUGAGAGGGCACUCCCUCCUCAGAGAGUUUUAUUAUCAAGUUAUAAAAUCCAUCGUUCCUCCCUAGGGUGCAGUCCUUUCAUAUCAUGCAAAAAGCAGAACCAGGACUCAUCAUCAAAUGCAAAGAACUCAGAGGGUGGCACCCAGGAUCUCUGACCUGGCGGGCUGGUCAUCACUUACAAACCUGGGAGGCUCUCUUCCCUUUCCUCACUUUCUAAAAUGCUCCUACCGUCCCAUUCAGCACGUAGACGUGACCACGGCUCAAGUAUGUAUUCAGCACCUGUUGCAGUGUGAAUGACACAGUGACAGAAAUCCAUAUUUCCUCUGCGCAGGCUGCUUUCUCUUAUUUGGUUGUCAGAACAAUUCAUCAACAUCUUCUUGUAGAAGUCUCUCGUGUAUUUGAAGAAAGUCAGCAUGUUUAGUCAACUUUGUCUUUUCUGUUCUAAGUUGGACACCUGUAAGCCUUCCCAGCAGGACCUCUUCUAGCUCCUUUUUAUCGCAUUUGUUCCCCCCUCUGGCUGCUCUCCAGACACUGCAGAAGUCAGGCACCCCAUCCCCAGCACAUUCCCAUGACAGCCAAAUGGGCCUUUGGCCAACCAGCCAUUACUCUCCGUGCCCUGUUCCUGCACCUCACCCCCUCGGCUGGGUCCUGGCAGGCGUCCAAGUGACUACUUAGUCUCAGGCAGGUUGCCCUGGCUGGCCAUCUGCAAUUUUUUCUCCACCAAAAAUAACUGAUCCUGAAACACAACACCCUUCCCCCAACAACAGGGUUAAUUCUCCAGCCACUUUUGCUGACAACUUACACCCCCACGCACCAGAAGGGAGGUGCCAGUCGAUACAAGAUUUAAUAACAGAGGCUGCUCUGGUCACACAGUAAUCGCUGGGCCCCUGGGGCUGAGACUACAUUCCAUCAGAGCCCUGAGAGGGGCAAAAAACAUUGCCACAGAUGGAGGCACACGUCAGAUGCUGCAGUCGCAAGAAAGGAUUGGGGCCUGUGCAUUCUUUGAGCUCUCAGAUGCCCUGCCAGGGCACCAACCACCCUCCUCCAAUCACACAGAUGCCCAAGAACACCUGAGGCUGGUCCGUCUGUGCGUGGAAAGACUGGCUGUCUUCCUCCUCACUGCAUCCCCAAUCCCCUUCCCAGAACCUAAGACCCCCUUGGCUGUAAGUCUUAUGCCUUUAGAAGCCACAGGUCCUCUCCUGGUUUUUGAGACUCAACCACUUUGAAAGCAUUUGUGUAGCAUCACAGGUGCUCCAGAUCAACAAACAAAACCUCACUAAGAAUAUAACUAACAUUCACAGGGCCUUAGGGCUCCUGCAGACAUCACCUUUGCCUUCUGGUUGUGCCAAGUUACCUGAGCCACACUGGGAAUGACUUCAGGUUAUUUUCACUGCACACAAGACUGUAUUAUGAAUAAGUGAUCCCAGAUGGGAGCUUAUAUUUUGGUUCCUAGAAAGCUUUAGGACAAAGCAUGGGAAAUGUAUUAUUAUCUUCCAUCUGUGGUGCUCCCCAAAAGGCCUCUCCAUAUCCAUAUGUGAAGAACUGGAGAAGAAGGAGCAAACUAACAACCAAGAAUUGGGAAUAGGAAAUGGUACCAGCAGUUUGUAUUUGAGCUUCACAGUUCCUGAAGGGCUCUUUGAUUUGAGUCUCAGGUUAAUCCUCAUUAGUAUCCUCAACAUACUAACAGAAUAGAGGUUCUAAGACAUGAAGUGAUCUUUUCAAGGUCACACAUCAAGUGGUUAGAUCACAACCAAAACCCAGAUCAACUGACUGCAAACUUGGUGUUCUUGAAGUAAGACUGAUCCGAAAUAUUCAGCAGUCUUGCCAGCUUACCAGUGGACUGAGGACCUGAGAAUCAACUGAGUCUUUGUCCUGGGAUAGUUGAGGGAGCCGGGAGAGAAAGACUGGAGUAGAUUUGCUUUUAGAAGCAUCUCUGCUUUAAGAACUAGGCCAGGGAUGGUGGCUCACGUCCAUAAUCCCAGGACUUUGGGAGGCCAAGGAAGGAGGAUUGCUUGAGCUCAGGAGUUUGAGACCAGCCUGGGCAAUAUAGCGAGACUUCAUUUCUACAAAAAAAAAAAAAAAAAUCAGCUGGGCAUGGUGACACAAGCCUAUAGUCUUAACUACUCUGGAGGCCAAGGCAGGGGGAUGGCUUGAGCCCAGGAGGUUGAGGUCACAGUGAGCUGUGAUUGCACCACUUGUAACUCCAGCCUGGGCAACAGAGUGAGACCCUAUCUCUUUAGAAAAAAAAAAAGCACUAGUCCACCUGGAAGCAGGGGGCCCAGGAAGUGGGUGGGCUGCAUAUGGAGGCUUCAGUGCGCCAGGCCCUUUCUGAAUCCCUUUGCCCACACCCAGGUUUCUCACCUUAGAGUCCCAGGAGUCCCUGCACAGAAUGCUGGGAUCUGGUUGCCUCAUUCACACCAAGGUGCUAGAGAUAAUGACUCACUCUCUAAGGAGUAAUUGCCUUUUAAAAGAAGGCCUAGAGAGACAGCACACUUAACAGUGAAAAAUGAGUUACCAGUAUCUGAACUUCAGGCAUCUGCCAGAGGUUUUUUUCAGAAGGUGUGGAGAGAGGAGCAUUCCUCCCCUUGAGGCUGAGCCUACAUACAUGGUUGACGCCGAAAUGGAGGUCAGGCCACACGAAGAUUGUCUUUAACAAUUGGUAUCUGCAUGAAUCUGUACCUGGUAAACCCCAUCACUAGCUGUGGCUACUCUGGACAUUUUAGGAAUAGAUCAGCAUAGUAAUCAUAAUAGUACUCAUGGCUACCACUUAUUGAGGCUUUUCUAUAUGAUCCAGUAGGCUGCGUACUUUGAAUAUAGUAGAUCAUGUAAUCCCCAUAACAACCUUAGCAAGCGGGUGCUCUUUAUUGUACUCAUGUUAUGGGUGGGAAACGUAAGCUAAGAGAAUUUAGCCAACUUGCUUAAGAUCACCCAGCUAGCAAAUGGCAGAGCUGGGCCUGGGGCCGGGCACGUAUGGCUUCUGACCAACAGCAACCAUGUCAUUUCUAUGAACACAUGGACCCAAGGCUCAGAAGGACCGAGUCAUGAAGUGUGAAUGGCAUAGAGGCCUUUUAGUGCUUUCAUACUCAAUAUGGCCUUUUAGCUCCCCUUUUUCUCCCUCUUUUUUCAACCCAAGACCUAGUGGAGUACUAGAGCUGCUUGUAUUCUGGUUGUUAAUCUUUCAGGAAUUUUGCAAGCUGAUUGUUAAUUAAGUACAGUCAGUAUUAAAAAUGAUAUACAUUUACAAUUAAAUAAAUUAUAUUUAAAGCAAAGAUCAAAAGUACUUAAAACUCAUCACUUCCUAAUUAUUUCACUACUCUUUUUAUUCUCUAUGCUCCUGGGGUUAUUUAUAUCUAUCACAUCUGUAUGAUGAACAUACUAUAUAAUAAUGUGCUGCACUGCAUCUUCCAGCUCCACAUUUAGUGACGUCAUGGUGAUUGCUUGAAAUUAGCCAUGGUGGAAGUAUUCACACCAUGGAAAUUAGCAAAUGCUACUAGACAGGGAUUUUUCUCCCUAGAAAGCCAGUUGUUAAGCACUUAACAGUACAAUCAUCCCUCAGUAUCCUUGGGGGAUUGGUUCCAGGAAUCUCGUGGACACCAAAAUCUGAAGAUGCUCAAGUCCCUUAUAUAAAACGGCGUAGUAUUUGCAUAUAACCUACACAAUCCUCCCAUAUACUUUAAAUCAUCUCUAGAGUACUUAUAAUACCUAAUACAAUGUAAAUGCUAUGUCAAUAGUUUUUAUACUGCAUUAUUUCUUAUUGUUGUAUUAUUUCUUUUUUUUUUCCUGAAUAUUUUUGAUUCACAGUUGGUGGAAUCCACAGUGUGGAACAUGUGGAUACAGAGGGUUGACUUAAUACCACUGCCUAGACAUUACUGAUGAGCACAGCAGGGUGGGAGAGGGGACUUUGGAAGGAGAAGCAAGGCCCUGGAAGGCCAUACUGACAAGGGCAUAAAUGACAGCCAAGCCAGCGGAACAGCAAAUUGUUGGGGAAACACGAACUCUUCUGGAGAAGAGAGUCUGAGGCUUAAGCAGCUUCAAGAGCAUUUUCUGCCAAAGAGCACCCUCUGCUUUCCCCCCGGACACUUCCCUAUUGCUAUGAGUGUGGAAAGUUCUAUUUGGUGGCUUUCAUGGAAAAAUUGGGCUCUGCAAACUCAGCCUAUUGGCUAUCCCAAUCCAAAAAGCAAAACCAGCUCUAUAAAGCUCAAAUUUCCUGUUACUUGUUCUUACAGGUCACCCUCCCUACCUCUUUCUUACAUGCUGGCCAAAACCUAAGGAAAUGUUUUACUUCGAAAUUAGAAAUUGGAAAUAUCUACCAUUCAAGAGACACAGCAAGCAGUGGUGUCAAACACCACAUAAGAUGCAUUAUCACAAAAGUGGGACCCCCGUAAAGCAUGAAGCUGAGGGACAGAAAACAUAAUGAGCCAAGGAAUGUCACAUGAAGAACAGGGCCCGGGGCCUUACUUUCCUACUUGGCUACCUCAGUUUUUUGCAACCCAGUAAGGACCCUGUUCACAAUCCAUAGCCUACCCAGACCAAUACUCUUUCUAAAUCUGGGGCACAGUUUCCACUAGGACAAGAGUCACUGGAAACUUCCAGCUAAGUCCAUUGAAGCAGGCAGAAUCUUCAAGGUCAAUAGUGCAUCAGUUACUCUGAUCCCAGUGGUUUCAGUGGAAGGGAUGGAAGAAGUGAGGGUUGCUGAAGUUUCUACUUGGAUGCAUUUCUAAGGGAAAGGGGAAGGGAUCAUGGGUGGGACCCCAAAGAGUUAGACUUUGAUUGAGGUUCAGCUGCAAAUAGCAUCAUGAGUGGCGUCUCCUAGUCAGAUUGUUAAAUUUCAGAUUUUUUUGUUCAUAAGAUUUUCUUCAGGAAUUGGUGAGUUCCCCAUUGUGUUCACUCGGAAAAUAGCCAGCUGAAGAAAAACUUCACUGAAAAGAAAUCCAAGAGAUCUAGUGUAGAUAAACAUUAAUUUCCCCCCAAAUCAGGUCAUCACAUGAACUACCUGGGUUAGAAUUUGUCUUUUCCAAUAUUUUCUGAAAGUAUUUCACCUUGGCUACUAUACUAUAAAUACUGCUCAACCUUUUUCAGUCGUUUUUUUUUUUAGGGUAUUGAGAUAAGAAAGAGAAAGGAAAUUGAGAAGCAUUUUACUUGCCCUGAAUUAAUGUAUAUAUAAUUUUCUAUGCUGUCUUAUAAUGUUAAAGACAAUAACUUGAACAAACUCAAACUGCUACUUCAUCUCUGCCCUCUCAUAGAAAAUGUCAUUAAAUUGCAUUUGAUAUUGUUUCCUUCGACCCUUUGGAGUUGUUUCUGUGGCAGGUUCCUUUUCCUUCCACAGGCUACUGUGCAGCAUGAAGGAAUAGAAAUGAAAUGCUAAGAGGGAAAGUGCAAUUAUCAGGAAGUUGCCAGCUGCCACAUUUGACUUAUGCUUCAUUAUCUUCCUCCCCUGUUCUUUUCUGCCUCCAUUUUAAAGUCAUAAUUGAAUGUAAAGAAGAAAGUGCUACCAGAGGUGAAUUGAAGCCCUGGCAACUAACUUGCCCCCGGAACUAUUCCAGCAUACGGUGCUGCCCUGAGAUGAGACACCAAAGCCUCUCACUGGAUUGUAAAGAAAGAGACAGGGCUUCCCUCCCGCUCCAAGCACCCCAGUGUCCCUUAUCUUUGCUCUCCCCUGCCUCUGCCUGACAACGCUGCCCCUGAAAUUUACUUCUGGGCCUAUCAGAUCAGUUGUCAAGGCAGCCUUCAUGGUUUAAUUCUUUAAUUUCAGGCCACUGUUAGUUACUGGCAAGAUCAGGAUUGAGCAGAGUUCUAAUCCUAUUGCCUGUCAAUUCACUUUAACCUCAAUCUUCUUCCCUGCCUCCUUACUCCCAAGACCUCUUUCCUGCUCUCACAAAGGCUUAUAGCAAAUGCCCUGAAUUGAUCUGAGUGAUCAAAACUGACCGCAUGGCCAGCAUGAAUAUUCAUGAGGCAACACACUAUUCAGGCCAAGUCCUUUCUUGGGACCAUUCUGCACCCCAGUAGUGUCUUAGAUAUGCACCUCUUUCCGCAAAAUACACUCAAAGACCUGCACCAUGGUUACUGAGUGCUGGAGAGAGAGAUUUGCCUGAAAGAAGGGAGAAAGUGGCCCUCCCGAAACUAACCAGGGGAAGAGAAAUCCAGCCCAACUCCAACCCUGGGAUCCAGGGUUUUGGUUCCCAAAUGUCAGUGUGCUUGAGAAUUACUUGGAAAACUUGAUUUCUAAGCCCCAGAACUGGAGAUUCUGACUCAGGAGGUCUGAGUGGAGGCCAGCAUUCUGAUUUUUAAUAGUCUCCCUUGAGAGAUUCUGCUGGGGGUGUUUGGCUGAACUUUAGGUUCUUAAAUUUAGAGCCAGGCGUCUGGUGAGACAAGUGGCCACAAGGAACAAAGAAGCAGGUAAAGUCACCUGAAGAAGAGAGCUGGUGCUUCUGCAAGAGAGAGGAAGGCAGGAAAGUGACUGGAAAUGGCCACAGUUACAUUCUGAUGGAGAAGCAAGAAAAUCUUAAAUAGAGUCCAGAGAAGAUAGUAGAGUAGUAUUAGGUAGGAGGUCCCUGUCAACCAGUGCUAGAGGGAACACUAGACUUCUGUCAUUUGGACAUAGGAGGGAAAAGCAGAGGGGACAGAGGAGCAAGAGGAGGUUGUCCUGGCAGAUCCAGACACAGGACCUCAUCAGCAUGACAGACGGACUGGAGCUGGCUGUGAGGCCAAUGUGGUGCAGUCUCACUGCUGAGUGUCACACAGUCACGGUCCCCACAGCUUGGUGCUGAUGAGGUGGCUGUGUAAAUCUUCCUGUGAGUACAAAAGGGGCUCAUUCUAUAAAUCCCUGCCUGGUUGGGAUGGUAAUUCAUAUUUAAAUCUCUGCCCCCAGCCUUGACAGGGAGUUACCUAGCAAAUCCCUGGGGAGGCAUUUAUUCAUCCUGCAAAUCUCCCCUGGCCGCCUGAGCAGGGGGCCACCAUUUCAGGGCCCUCCAAGGGGAGUGUGAAUUAUCAGACCUCUCUCUGGCAGCUCAGAGCUAAGCCCCACGUAAGCCUUGCCUACAGGGUGAGGGAGAAGGAAAUCCCUGAACUAGUUCCUUAUUAGCCUAGAGGUAGACAAGAUAGACUCUGUGCACUCUCUGCAAGGGGGCCAAUGGGAAAAGUAUAUAUUAAGUAUCAAAGUUGGGGGCUUUGAUUACCACCCAUUUAGGAAGUAACUGAAUCUUCCAUUCCCUCUGCCUCUUCCUUGAUUCCAAAUCAACUUCCAUGAGUACACAGGAGGUGGACAUUUCUUGAUUUUUAGAUCUGACUUUGCAAACAACUCUGGGAAUUACCGAUUUAAAAAAUAAAACACAAACAGAAAAGCAAUCACCCCAAAACAUUGAAAUGCUUCCAGGCCAUUCCAAGGUGAGCUCACCACCCACCUCAUGGUCCUGCAAACAGUGACAAAAUCUAGGCCAAUCAGCAAAACUCAAGGAAGUUCUCCUGAAAGGCUGUAUUUCCUAAACAUCCAGCUCUGCACCUUCACCAACCAGGAAAGGUGCUCUAUUGAAAAAAAGAAUAAAAAACCCAUGAUCAUAGACAGGCGCGAUGGCUCACACCUGUAAUCUCAGCCCUUUGGGAAGCCGAAGCAGGCAGAUAACCUGAGGUCAGGAGUUCAAGACCAGCCUGGCCAACAUGGUGAAAUCCCGUCUCUACUAAAAAUACAAAAAUUAGCUGGACAUGGAGGCUAAGGCAGGAGAAUCACUUGAACCUUGGAGGCAGAGGUUGCUGUGAGCCGAGAUCGUGCCACUGUACUCCAGCCUGGGUGAUAGGGCGAGGCUCCGUCUCAAAACAACCAACCAACCAACCAACAAACAAACAAACAAACAAAAAACCCAUGAUCACAGGAGAGAGUUUAGAGAAGUGGCCAGAUCGGAGGAUGAGGCACAGUUGAGGAAUGGGCUUUAGAGGAAAGAGGGCAGAGAAUAAGCUUCCUUGGUAAAAUAAAGGACACCUAGUUAAAUUUAAAUUUUAGAUAAACAACGACAACAACAAAACUUAGUGUAAAUAUAGCCCAUUAAAUAUUUGGGACAUAUUUAUACUAAAAAAGCAUUCAAUAUUUAUCUGGAAUUCAAAUUUAACUGGGCGUCCUCUAUUUUUAUUUGUGGAAUCUGGCCAACCUAGGAGAAAAAAUGUCCACAAAAUGCAUUGGUUUCAUUGUGGGCACUGCUGGCUAUCUGAAGCAAGCAAGCAGAAGGGAAAGCUCCCCCUGCCUUGCCAACUCUGCCCCUAACCUGGGGAGCUAAGUGUGUGGCCAAUUACCUCUAGCCACAAGGCUGAAAUGCUAUAAGCCUGUUUUCUGUAUGGACACUGUUGAGGUGGAAAUUGACUCUGAAUCUUAACAAGGCCAAGAUAGCUUUAGAUCCCAGAGUCUCGGAUAACACGGGCACAUGCACAGAGGGAAGCCAUGGCAAUUUAGAAAGUAGUUCCAAGUCUUUGUGCACCAUUAAGAAGAGAAUUUCAGGAAAGGAUGUAUCCUUGAGCAACAAAACAUUACUGAAUGCCUACUGGAUGUUGGGCUUGCUGGAGGAUCCAAAGGAAACAGAAGAUUGGUCCCUUCCCUAAAGGAGUUUCUCAGUGCACUUUAGGAAACAAAACAAAUGCAUUUAUACCUGCAGCAAGCAACUAUCAAGUGGUCCAUUAGUUCCUGAGCAGCAGCCUAGUAGCAGUGGUUGGGUUGGUUUGCACAAUUCCAUAGAUUAGGCCAAUAAGCAGAAAAUGAGCCCAAAUGUAUUUAGACAGCUUAUUGAUAUAGCAUCAGAAACAUUUUGGUGCAGGUUCCUGGAGCCCCAGUUCCAACAAGACAACACAACAAGGACUGGGUGCUGCCUAUACAUGCAGUGGAUGGGCAUUACAGCACAAAAACCCUGAGACUAUGAAAGUAACCCUGAUCUUAUAUGGGGCUGCAAGCAACCCUGCCAUCUUCUGCUGUGCAGAAAGAAACUAUUUUUAUUACCCUGGAAUAUAAGCAAAUCUCUCUGAGGAGGGAAUACUUCUAUCUUUACUAUUCUCAGAUAAAUAAAUUUGCUCCACAGUGAAUCACUGUUUCCAUGCUUAUAUAAAUAUUCCUGAAAAGAUAGUUCUGGAGCAAUUGAUUAUUCAUGCCUAGACAUGUAGAAACAUGAGAUUCAUGGACAAUUGUCUCCCAACAGCAAUACACAGCCUUAUAUAAUGAAGAGUUAAUUAAAUGAUUAAGAUUUUAACUGAUGUGGUUUGAGAAGGAGCUUGAUGGCAGUUAUUAUGGUUAAAGAAUGCUUUAUCAAGGAAGAACUUGAGGUUGUCCCUGAAGACCUUGUAAAUAAUGUCCAAUAUUACCAGCUCAUUUUAUCCACUAAAACAGGGAUCAGCAACUGUUUUCUGUAAAGGGCCAGAUAAUAAAUAUUUUAGGUUUUGCAGACUAUAUAGCCUCUAUCACAACUAUUCAACUCUGCUAUUAUACUGUGAAAGAAGCCAUAGACAAUAUGUAAAUGAAUGAA